GGACCAAUAGUGUGCUGCGCGCAUACUUCUGGGGUCCGCGUAACUGAACGGAUCCACCGAGACCUCUCGCGGAGAGAGAGAGGAGCCGGAGCGAGUUGAACUUUUUCCAGCUUUGUUAUUUGGACAAGAUGUAGCGCGAGGCCGCUCGUGGGACGCUUCGAUGUAAUUUAUGAUUCGUCGCUGGAUCGCUGCACAAAGGACGGCGAGAAUAAAGACUCAAGAUGCUGCCGCGCGCUCCGCUCUCGCGGCAGUGAGCAAACGUGCUUCGUUUUCCAACCGUUUGGCGUGUCGUCCAUGGAGGAGUUUCUGCGCACGUUCCUGCGGAUAUCGGAGGGACAAAUAUGAACGCGCUUAAUUAUCGAAGUGGCCAACAGAAGAACGCGGCUAGACGGCGGGCAUGGAACAAGGGAGCUGUUUGCCUACGGUGGAGAAACAUUAUGGCUUAUAAACCAACAGAUGGAAUCCCCCUCACAAGUUAACUUUUAAGCUUCUUCGACGUCAAGGAAUGGCAAACUCCGGCAACUCUGCAGUCACUCUACGGCUGCAAAUACUGAUUCUGUCCAUCGGCUGUGCGCUGAUAUGUUGUAGUCGUUUAUCCAUCGCAUCGCCGGCACACAGCCAGCGUUUGAUAUGCUGGCAAGCCAUCAUAAAGUGCCAGGGAGAACCGGAGUGUCACUACGCGUACACGCAGUAUCUACACGCGUGCGGUCCGGUGAUAAACGGCAACAGGAAAAAGUGUCCCAGCCAUUGCAUUUCUUCCAUCAUCCAGCUCAAUCUGACUGUGAACGGCCCGGCGCUGGAGGACUGCGAGUGCGCCUCGGACACUCUGUGCAAGAUGACCAAGCGAGCCAUUGAGCCCUGCAUGCCCAGAACCAGCCACAUGGGCUGCACCGAAGCGCGCAAGCAGUGCGAGAAGGACCCCGAGUGCAGCACCGCCAUGCGGGACUAUCUGCACCACUGCCGGAAACUGUUCGGCGGAGACCGCUGCUCGGACGACUGCCGGCGGGUCAUCGCGAACAUGCGCUCCAUCCCCAAAGCCCAGCAGCUGGACACUUGCGUGUGCGACGGCACGGAGAGGACCAUAUGCGAGUAUGUCAAAGGCAGCAUGAAAAACUUCUGCUUUAACGACAGAUUCGGCGGGAGCGGCUUUUCGGACACCGAGGACGACUUGGACGACGAGUACGAGUCGGAUUAUGAGGACGAGGAGAGCGAUGCCUGGGAUUUAAGAGCACAAAAGAGUUCGAUCGCGAUGUCCACCAUUUUGACACUGUCAUCUCUCUUUAUAAUAAGAUAGGGCGUGUUUUAAAAACGAACUGCAUGUUUGGUAUGGGUGAAAAUAACGGGGAGAACUCGGAUUUCCCCAAAUCAAGCCCCAACACCCCCUCCCCAGACAUGGAAGUAAAAACAAAAGGUGCGCGCGCGCGUAUAUGUGUGCGCGGUGGGGGUUAUAUACAAAAACGUGUAUAUUAAGACACUUGGGAGUUCUCAAGGUUACUAAAAGCAACAGUAGCGCUACGGUAAAAGUAGCACAUCACCUACCACUUUAUUGUAGAUUUAGCCAACACGCAAAAACACAAAGACCUUUUGUGUUUUUUUUUAAUAGAACGUCUUUAGCUGAAGUGCGAGACGAAUCCUGUAUCGUAAAUUACUGACAGAAAAAAAUAAUCCCCUGAAAGAGUGAAGGAAUGCUUCGCGCGUUGUUUUUGGUCACAUUAGCAGCCGAUUAAGUUUCAUUGGCCAAAACACGUUAACAUCGAACUUUUUGUUGAAUUAAAUAGUUACAUUUACUGCCAGGCGACUGAAUCGGACGAAAAAGCAUAACGGAAGAAAACCGGAAUCCCAUAGUGAAAAGAGUUUUUAUUAAAACCUAGUUUGAGCUGCCGAAACCUGCACACAACGAAAAGGAGUAAUUCGUCUUUAUAUAAAAGAAAAUAUGUGCUCCCCUAUAUAUUAAGUUAUUAUGUUGUGGAAACUGCUUUUCAAAGAGAUAGAUAAAUAUUGGAAGUUUAUUUUUGUAUGAAAGACUGGUUAGUGUACACAAAAUGACUAUUGUAAAUGUGUAUGAUGUUUCUGUACCAUAUAAUUGUGUGAAUAAUGUUGAUAAACGAUACCGUGUAAUACAGUUUAUAGCCUAAUGUUCAUAAAGAUCGGCUUCGAAUUAUUCCAAAGAU